UGGACGGAGAUUAAUUAACAAGACGAAUCAUUAAGUGUAAUUAGUACAUGAUUGGACAAUAUGUUGCUACCGCAACCAUCUACUAAUGAUUAAUUAAUUUAAUUAUCAGGUUUAAUAGAUUCGUCUCGCGAAUUAGCCUUCAUCUAUGUAAUUAGUUUUAUAAUUAAUAUCCUUAUAAUUAACCUCCGAAGAUUCAAUGUGACACGGUCUAACGAUCCAAACACCCACUCCUCGUGUCUUGUUGGAUUCUUUUUUUAAAAAAAGACUUAUCUUGUUGGAUUCUAUUGUGAGCUCGGUGAGAAGAGAAACGAAAGCCAUGGUGGAGAAGACGGUGGUGCUGUACCCCUCCUUGGGCGUGGGCCACCUGAACCCCAUGGCGCAGCUGGCCAAGGCAUUCCUCCGCCGCGGCGGCGUCGCCAUCACCAUCGCCGUCGUCGACCCGCCCGAGAAGGACGCGGUGCUGGCGGCUGCGCUGGCGCGCCUGGCCGCGGCCAGUCCCUCCAUCACGGUCCGUCUGCUACCCAUCCCGCCGCCGUCUUGCGCCAGCACGGAGUACUCCCACCCGAUCAUGCCCAUCCUCGACGCGCUCCGCGCCGCGAACCCCGCGCUCCGGGAGUUCCUCCGCUCGCAGGCUCCUGCCGCCGACGCCAUCGUGGUCGACAUGUUCUGCACCGACGCGCUCGACGUCGCCGCGGAGCUCGCCAUCCCCGCGUACAUCUUCUACCCCUCGGCGGCCGGCGACCUCGCGGUCUACCUCCAGGUUCCGGACUUGUGGCGCCGCGCGGCGCCAUCCUCGCUCAAGGACAUGGGCAAGGCGCCGCUGGACUUCGCCGGCGUGCCGCCGGUCCGCGCCCUCGACAUGCCUGACACCAUGCAGGAUUGGGACAUAGAUGUGUGCAGGGUACGGCUGCAGCAGAUCGCCCGGAUGCCGGAAGCGACAGGCAUCCUGGUGAACAGCUUCGAGUGCCUGGAGCCGAGGGCACUAGAAGCGCUGCGGGGAGGCCACUGCCUGCCCGGCCGCUCGACGCCGAAAAUCUACUGCGUCGGGCCACUGGUCGACUGUGGCGGCGCUGAGGAAAACGGCGAGAGGCACGCGUGCCUCGAGUGGAUGGACCGGCAGCCGAAGCGGAGCGUGGUGUUCCUCUGCUUCGGAAGCAUGGGCGCCUUCUCGUCGGCGCAGCUGAAAGAGACGGCGCGUGGGCUAGAGCGUGCAGGGCACAGGUUCUUGUGGGCCGUGCGAAGCUCACGCCGGGAGCAGAGCAACUCUCCCGAGCCUGAUCUGGAGGCGUUGCUUCCGGAUGGGUUCUUGGAGAGAACCAAAGACAGAGGAUUGGUUCUGAAGAACUGGGCACCGCAGACAAAGGUGCUUCGGCACGAGGCCGUGGGAGCGUUCGUGACCCAUUGUGGGUGGAACUCGGCGCUGGAGGCCAUCACGUCCGGCGUGCCGAUGAUCUGCUGGCCGUUGUACGCGGAGCAGAGGCUGAACAAGGUGCACAUGGUGGAGGAGAUGAAGGUUGGGGUGGCGGUGGAGGGCUAUGACGAGGAAUUGGUGACGGCUGAUGAGGUGGAGGCCAAGGUGCGGCUAGUGAUGGAGUCCGAGGAAGGGAAGAAGCUCAGGGAGAGGACGGCGGCGGCGAAGGAAAUGGCUGCGGAUGCCAUCAAAGAAGGCGGGUCGUCUGACGUUGAACUCGGCGAGUUUUUGAAGGAUUUAGGGAAGAUCGACUUAUAGAAGGAACAAUGCAAGUGAUGGAUGCUAUGUAAUAGAUAAAACUGUUGAUGGUUUGUAAGAUGGAUGAAAAAAUGUAGGACAUGGUUGAGGGUUUUUGGCUGUUUUUCUUUUUAUGUUACUAGCAUAAUGCUCGUGUGUUGCUACGGUGAAACUCAUUCUUGAAUCUCUAUAGUUGGUUGAUGUAAAGUGUUCCUUUUCCUUAUGUUUGAUCAAUGGAAUACACAUGUUGUAUGGCUGCCAAAA